GAGCUGCUCCGGAACCCAUAUCUCUCGACUUCUUCCUUCCUUGUUUGGACUCUUCCUCUCCCCUCUCUCGACCUCCGAUCCUGCGACACUCCCACCGGUUCCCUCGAGCUGCGAUGCUCACCUUCCGGCGUGCCCUCCUGGUGGCCGCCGUUGUCCUCACAUGCUUCCUCUUCCUCCGGAAUUCUCACCCGUCACAAACCAACGCAUACAAACCGAGCAAUUCGCCGAAACCCACCGGGUCCUACAUCGAUAACAGGAAAAUCGUCGAGGCGUCGCCGAAACCAGCCGAACAUGCGUCAGAAGAGCACCCAAAACCUGUAAUUUCACAGCAGAAAGAGGAGAGCCAUAUCGCACUGUCCGAUAAGAAAGUCCGGCCACAAAUUCCACUUGCGGAUCUCAAAGCGAAGACGCUCCGGCAGCAAUUGGCAUACGCGUUCCCUUACGACGUCGAAGCGAAGUUCCCGGCCUACGUAUGGCAAACGUGGAAGACCACACCCGCGUCGGGCGCCUUCCCGGAAGAGUGGAGAGCAGCAGAGGCAUCAUGGACACAAUUGCAUCCCGACUUCGUCCACGAGGUCAUCACGGACUCGGUGGCCGUGAACAUGGUACGGCACUUCUACGCCAGUUUGCCAGAAGUGCAAGAAGCCUACGCCGCUCUUCCAGCACCGGUGCUGAAGGCAGACUUCUUCCGCUACCUGAUUUUACUGGCACGUGGAGGUAUAUACUCGGACAUCGAUACGACGGCAUUGAAGUCUGCGGUGGAAUGGGUGCCCACGGAGGUGUCGCGGGAGACCUACGGGUUGGUGAUUGGAAUCGAGGCGGACCCAGAUCGUGAGGAUUGGCACGAGUGGUACUCACGGCGGAUACAGUUCUGCCAAUGGACGAUACAGAGCAAGCCUGGUCACCCAGUCCUGCUGGACAUCGUCGCCGCCAUCACGGAAGAGACGCUGCGAAGAAAACGAGCAGGCGAAUUCUCCUCAAGACACAUGAAGAAGGUCAUGAAGGAUGUUGUGGAGUUUACCGGUCCUGCGCUCUGGACGGAUAUUGUCUUCAAGUUCUUCAACAACCCGGACUACUUUGACAUGAGCACCAGUAAAGGGAACAUCACCUGGAGACAAUUCACCGGCAUCACGCAGGCCAAAAAGGUUGGAGAUGUUGUGGUGCUGCCCAUCACCUCCUUCUCGCCGGGCGUGCAACAAAUGGGCGCUAUGGAUAUCGAUGAUCCAAUGGCCUUUGUUCAUCACAAAUUUGAUGGAUCAUGGAAGCCCGAAAACUUGCGACACAUCGGCGAGCAAACGGAGAACGACGACUAG